AUCUAAAUGUGUGGUAGCUGCAUAGAGCUUCUUUCUGUCCUCCUACACAGGCAGGAGUGAGAGGCCCCUGGAGUCACCGGCACUGGGAGCAGCGGCAGAAUAUACGGUGAAAAUGACAACCCUCCUUCUGCUGUGUGUGUCUUUGCCCGUAAUCUUGGCAACAACGAUACUGAAAGAUCCUAAUGAUAUAGUUGGCUCAUUGCAUGUCAGCAUCCCUGUUGAGUUGCCUCUUCGUCCACUGCUGGGAGGAAAGGUAGCUGUGCCAUGCUACUUCCGUGGAAGCACUGUGAACGACCCGGGAGCACCCACCAUCGCCCCACUAGCUCACAGAAUCAAGUGGACCUACGUCACCAAGGAGAAAGUUAGCCCAAUCCUGGUGGCAUCGGAGGGGAAGGUUUAUGUGGAGACAGAGUAUCUGGACAGGGUGACAUUGGUCGGCUACCCAAUGGUUCCUACUGAUGCUACCAUUGAGAUAACUGAACUGAGGUCCAAAGACUCUGGUACCUAUCGCUGCGAAGUGACCCAUGGCAUUGAGGACAGCUCUGACUUUGUAGACAUCCAGGUUCAAGGUAUUGUAUUCCACUAUCGUGCCAUCUCCACCCGCUACACCCUAACAUUUGAAAAAGCCAAAGAGGCCUGUGUACAGAACAGUGCCACCAUUGCAACUCCGGCACAACUCCAAGCCGCUUACGAUGACGGAUACCACCAGUGUGAUGCUGGGUGGCUUUCAGAUCAAACUGUGAGGUACCCUAUUCAUGAGCCUCGGGAACCUUGCUUUGGAGAUAAGGAAAACUUUCCUGGAGUGAGGACCUACGGCGUUAGAGAUGUCAAUGAAACUUAUGAUGUGUACUGCUUUGCUGAGAAGACGUCAGGCAAGGUCUUCUACUCCAUGUCUGUUGACAAAUUUAGCUUCUAUGAAGCACAAGACCAGUGUGUCAAACUGGGAGCGAGGCUGGCCACCACCGGAGAGCUAUACCUUGCCUGGAAGAAUGGCAUGGAUGUCUGUAAUGCUGGCUGGCUGGCAGACAGGAGUGUACGCUAUCCAAUCAACAUCCCCAGGCCUCAAUGUGGAGGGGGGCUUGUUGGAGUAAGAACAGUCUACUUGUUCCCCAACCAAACUGGAUACCCCUACCCAGACUCUCGUUACGAUGCGGUCUGCUUCCAAGAUGAUGAUGAUGAUGAAGGUGAAGUGCCUGGUAGGACCACACCCUUCCCAGUCAUCCAGUUUGCAUCUACCCCUGUGCCCCUCCCCACCCCAUCGCCUCCACAAGGGACUGAAGAGAGCAAGUCUGGAGGAGUGGUAACUCUCUCCCCAUUGCCACAUCUGUCCAGUGAAGGUGUGACCAUGGGUCCCACAGGUGUGGUGUUCCACUACCGACCCAUCACUGGUCGUUACACUCUGACCUUUUUGGAGGCUGAGCUGGCUUGCCGGACCAUCGGAGCGAUUAUUGCCAGCCCCCAGCAGCUGUAUGCAGCCUUUGAGAAAGGCCUGCACCAAUGUGACGCCGGCUGGCUGCGCGACCAAUCUGUGCGGUAUCCGAUUGUGUCACCCAGAAGCAACUGUGCUGGUAACUUGCAUAACCUCCCAGGAGUGAGGUCGUACGGCCAGAGACCAGCCAGUGAAAGCUACGAUGUCUUCUGUUACGUGGACGGUUUAAGAGGUGAGGUCUUCUUCACCACCGACUAUGACAGCUUCUCCUACGACGAGGCCGUGCAGCACUGCCAGAAGCUCAACAGUACCCUGGCCACACCAGGGCAGCUGCACGCUGCAUGGAAACAAGGACUCGACAAAUGCAGGCCAGGCUGGCUCAUGGACCGCAGCGUCCGCUUCCCCAUCACAACCCCUAAAUCUUAUUGUGGGGGCGGAGAGGUCGGGGUGCGCACCAUCUACGCCUUCCCCAACCAGACGGGAUUUCCCGAUGAGCAUUCACGCUACGACGCCUACUGCUUCAGAGCUCAAAUUCCUGUUGAUUCCCAAACUCCCACCACGGUCUCUCAGACGACAAGGCCUAAAGAUGUCAACGAGACUACAACCGUCAGACCGGUUGACUUUGAUAAAACUGCAGUUGGCUACAAUGAAACUGCUGUGAAUAUCACAGAUGAUGAAGUUAUCAAAGAAACUGUUGUUACAUCUGUACAAGUUGCUCCAACAGUGAAAACCGUUCUCCCUCCAGUCCUGGUCGAUGCGUCGGGUUCUGGUUCGGCUGACCACUCAGCCAGUGGGGAGACCUCCGGGGAACCUGCUACCUCCACCAGCAGCGGUGACACGUCCGGGUCAGGACAAGGCGUCACCUUCAGCGGAACACCCGAUGUGCUUUCCAGCGAGCAGUCCGGCUCCGGAGGCCCCGAGGAGGGAAAGGAGGGCAGCACAGUUUUCAUCAUAUCUGGGCCUGGAUCUGGAUCUGGAUCUGGAUCUGGAUCUGUAUCUGGAUCUGGAGCUGUGUCUGGAUCUGGAGCUGAAUCUGGAUCUGGCAUCAUUAUAAGUGGAUCAGGCUACAGAAGUGGAAGUGGGGACAUCAGUGGCAGUGGUGAUGACACAGUGGUCACCUUGGUGGAUGUAGAGCUGGUGGAUUUGUCAAAAACCCUCAAGAAUGGCACGACGACGCAGGAGCUUGGCCAGGGAGGGAUCGACACCAGCGGGGGAUCAAGUGUUUCUGGAUCAGGAGAUGUGUCUGCUUCUGGCUCGGGCGAGUUUUCUGGCAUUUUGUUCAUCGGCAGCGGUGGGAUUGACCUGACACCCCAGCAACCUGGGGAGGAAGAAGUGUCUGGAGAUCAGCCGACUGAAUCGGGGUACACCAGUGGCUUUCCCAGCGGCUUUCCCAGUGGUAUUUCCAGUGGUUUUCCCAGUGGUAUUCCCAGUGGUUUUCCAUCUGGCGUUUCAGGCAGUGGCUCUGCCUCCGGAGACCUUUCUCCAAAGCAUGACAAAGUCAUCUACCUGAUCAAGGAUGACAUGAUUGAAAUAAUCACAGACUCUACAGAAGAGGGGCGGGGUGUGGUGGAGAUAAGUGGGGAAGGCAGUGCCUCAGGACUCCACCCUGAAUUCAGCGGCACUUCAACUCAACCGUCGGGAAGCGGAGCGGCUCCUACGACGGUUUACGGAGAGUUUGUACCGACUCUUGACCUAUCAGGAUCCAGGGAUACAACUGAGGAGAGUGACACCGGGUCUGCAGUUCAUUCAGCCACACCAGAAGGACUCUACGCCCAGCCAACAACGGCUCCGUCAGUGUCUGUGGUUACUCCGGCUGUUGUGGAGCGUCCCGAUGUGGACGGAGCUAUGAAGGGCUGUCCUGAGGACUGGAUGGAGCUUGGCGGCAGAUGUUACCGACACUUUGACGAUAGACUCACUUGGGCUGAGGCAGAGCAGCGCUGUCAGGAGUUCAGCGGCCACCUGGUCAGCAUCGGCUCGUCAGAGGAGCAGCGGUUUGUCAACUCCAAUGGUGACAGCUACCAGUGGAUUGGACUUAACGACAAAGACGUGCAGAAUGAGUUCCGCUGGACAGACGGCAGCCCUCUGACUUUCGAGAACUGGAGGCCCAACCAGCCGGAUAACUACUUUGGUUCUGGUGAAGACUGCGUGGUGAUGAUCUGGCAUGAGGGCGGCGAGUGGAACGACGUGCCCUGCAACUACCACCUUCCUUUCACCUGCAAGCUGGCACCCGUCAUGUGUGGAGCACCACCGGAGGUGGAACACGGCGGUCCGAUGGGCAGCAGCAGAGGGCGCUAUCCUGUCGACUCUAUAAUCCGCUACCAGUGUGACCCAGGCUUCACACAGCGCCACCUGUCUGUCAUACACUGUAUGGCAAACGGAGAGUGGGAAAAGCCACAAGUCCAGUGCAUAGAAGCCGGAGCCAACAGUAACAGGCUACACAAAAGGUCCCUGAGGAGAAGAAGUAAAGGUGUCAGCAGCCAACAGGAGCAGAGGGAGCUGCUCUGAGCGGGACUGAAAGGACACACAACUGAGAGCCACAAAAGAGCCUUCUUCUAAAGAAGCAUGGACACUAAUACAAAUGCCAGACCAAAAAGAUAUCAAGCCCUGCCCCUGUAUAUACACUCAACUAAAGCACAUUUAGACAACAAUUUUAAAAAAGAACAAAAAAUCUGAUGUUCCUGGUCUUUGAAUGUCACCCUGCAACCUCUGAAAGCUCAUUYCUCUAAUUUAUGAUUCAGCAUCCUGGAGCUAAAUCGCUUCCCUUUCUGUCGGCACAAAGUAGAAAAAAACAAAACUCUUUUCAAGAGGCUGAAGAGUAACAUGCAAAGAGCGUAGAAGGUGUUUUCAGUUCACACUUUUAUUAUACUUUAUCAUAUUUUCCUAGAUCUGCGUUUCUUAGACUUUGUUUUAGGCGUUAGACUCCUACUCUUUAGGGCWGCGCGGUGGACGUCAACUUUUGGUUGCGUYRCAGGCGAGUGGUUCUGUGUCGUUGUUUUAUCUGGAGCAAAUGGAGCCUUUAGUCUGGUCACAGCUGUGAGCUUGACGUCCGCGGUGCUGCCGGACCAACACGUUAUGAAAACUCGACCCAGACGCAGCCACCCUGGAUUGAAAUAAUCGGCACGUAUGCACUUUUGAGACGUCCGUCAUGUCGGUGCUAAUCAUUUGAAUCCAGCGCACCUUAAACGACGGAGUGUUAGGGCCACGCUCAGAAGAAAAAAAAAAAAGAAAAAAAUUACAAGAAUAAAGUCGUGGUAUGAAAGUUGUCAGAAUAUUACGACUUCUGUUAAAAAUCCUGAUAAAAUGUUUCUGUUAAUAUUCAAAUUUUAUUCCUGAAAUAUUAUGACUUUAUGCUGGUAUCAUUUUGACUUUAUUCUUGUAAUGCUACUGCUUUAUCUUCAUAAUAAACAUUUCGUUAGCGUAGCCCCAAUACUCAGUUGUAAGCUUAAAACUGUAUUUAAAAAAAAAAAAAAAAAAAAAAUUCUGUCUUUUUUUUUUAGAAAUGGCAGGAAAACAGUGCCUUGAAACAGCGUUUUUACUAUUUAACAACAGACUCCAAUGUAUUGUUUGUCAUAAGACAAAGUGGUGCAUAACAGCAAAAAAAAGGAAGGAUUAUGAUACACGUUAUCAUUAUUAUUAUUUUUCAAAAUAAAGGGCUUUCCAUCCGUCUUCCCACCAAGCCUCACUGUCGCUAAUAAAGGCAUCCCCACAGCAUAAUGCUGCCACCGCCACGUCUCGCUGAACGGACAGCUUGUUCYGAGCAGACUGGAAACAAAUGCACGCCACACUUUUCAGAUUUGCAUUCCUAAUAGAUUUUUUCUUUUUUUUAACGUAUAGAAUUUUGCUUCUUUUUUUUUAUCCACUACUUUCUGUAGGUUGAAAUACAUCGAGGUUUGUGAUGACAAAAUGUGAACUGUUCAGUGAAUAUCUGUCGGGCCUUUUGGAAAUGUAAAAAGAAGUUUCACACGCUCCUUAUUUAUGGUUCCUCAAGUGCGAACCUUGUUUCUGUCGUGAGAACGCCAGCGUUUGCUCUGGGACGAGUUGCUCACUGUAAAUAUCCGCCACGUUAUUUUUUUUUUCUGAACAGCAGGAUCUGUCCAUAACUUGCGCAGUGCAGGCAGUUUUAACUGUUUUUUAAUUUUAUUUGGACUUGCAGUAUUUAUCAUUGACGAGUUUUGCAGAGCGGUCGAGUCGUUAGAGCCAGCUGUACRGAGAGAGGAGCAUUUCAUGCUUCCAUUAAAGCCUCAGGUUGUAGCUGGAGAGCGGGCGGUGSUGUAUUUUACGAUAUCAUCGUAUCUUCAUUUCUAAGGAUGCUUUUUCUUUGUGAGGCAUUUAAGGUCCAACUUUUGCAUCAGCCAUCAGAGAGAACCAAAUAAAAGAGACAUGUCCAUUUGGACGUAACUGGUGUUGGCAAGAGUCUGUUUAGAAUGUGGUGCAGUUUUAUCGGGGUGCCAGAAGAUACUAGAGGUCAAAAAAUAARAAAAAUAAAAUGUGUUAUCAGUGUUUUUGCCUGGUGCUGGUUAAGAAACAUCGUAAUAAACUAACUAAACAUACGUUACUGCUGCUGGGAUCUGGUCCAGAUUCUGAAUCCUGAUGUGAUCACGCAGCACAGAUCACCCAAUAAAACAUCGGCCUUA